AUGUCCACACAGCUCUCUUCAGAGCCCUCCCAUUGCUUUGAUCUCACUGCUUCUGCAAACCAACGUCUACAUGCUUUAGCUAUCACAGCAUGCGAAGCUGAUCAGUUAACGCAUGAUGUUUCAAGUCUAACUGGACCUGCAUAUAGAGAAGAUGAGUCGUUGCAGGAUUCGGUUACAAGUGGAUUCAGCCCCCAGCUACCAGAUGAAUCCGAUACAAGCUUUCAGGCCCAUGCUCUGUCUGUGUCGGGGAGCCCAGAGGAAAUAGGUUACCGUGACAGUAGCGAGGGGACCAAUUCUUGCAGUGUACCAGUUCAGUCUGGAUACAGCCCUACUCCCACUUCUAGCGAUGCGGCCCUCGAACCAUUUGAGAGCGUACAAGAAGCCUGUCUUCUGCGGUACUUUAUCGAGGAACUUUCUCCCUGGUUUGACGUCUGUGAUGACAGGAGACAUUUUCAAGUAGUGGUUCCGUACCGCGCCCGAUAUUGCCCUCCACUUCGGAAUGCUAUCUAUGCUGUCGCAUCGCGCCACCUCAGUCGUUUGCCGCAGUACAGAACAUCCAGAGGACCGAGCUAUCAAGGACAGGUUCUUCCCCAUCUGUCGACGUCUACCGCGGUUGAGUAUAUGCUAGAAUGCAUACCCGCGCUCUUAGACUUCCAUAAGGUUUGUGACCGAGAAUACCAAGAGAACAUUAUGGCAGCUGCCGUGAUCCUGCGACAAUAUGAAGAGAUUGAAGAGGAGGAGGAGAUUGAUACCAGCACUGGAGCUCGCGACCAGCAGCCCGUUAAUUUCCUUGCCAUCAUACAGGCCAUCAUAGAGACCACUGUCUCAAUACCUGCGCAUCACAGCUUCGCCAAUGCUGUCUUCUGGAUAGCUAUUAGGCAGGAGAUCUACUAUGCAUUAGCUAUGCAGCGAUUCCCCCGAAUGACCCCCGACCAAGAUAAGCGCCAGAGUGCCUCCUCUGCCAACAAACUGAUAUUAUUUGCCGGAGAUGUAACGAGAUGGUGGCUGGGGGACAGGUCGCCACUAGACUGGGCCGUGUUAAAGGAAAAACUGCACUCGAUCACCACAGAACUUAUGCCUGAGUUCGUUCCCAUCCUAGACAAAAAGGCCGAUAAGGCCAAGGGGGAGAUAUUUUCGACUGUGUGGUACUGCUCAAGUGCACAAGUAUUUGGCGCCCAGCACUAUGAAAUCGCUCGAAUGAUCUUGAUCGCGGAAAACCCUAAUAUUAGAAACGAUCCGCAUUGCCGCAUUGCACACCGCAAGGUUGAGGCACAAGUCAGAUCGAUAGUGCUCAACAUUUGCGGGAUUGGUCUCAGCCACCAGAGCCUCUCGCCCGCCCUGGUUAAUGCAGUGAUUAGCAUCAUACUUUACGGCGAGUAUUUCACUGAUCCGAGGGAACGAGAAGCACUGGAGGCUGUUAUUGAGAAGACUAAGGCCAUCCAUGCCUGGCCUAUGAGGAAAUUGCAUCAUGCGGUGAAGGCCAAAUGGGAGUUUAUUGAUAGCGAAGACUAUUGA